UAGACACCCUAUACCCUUGCUAUUUGCCUACCACUCGCUACUCAAAACAUUAUUCCCCUCUCUCUGUGGCCUCUUUAUACUCUCUAAACACAACAUUCGAUAGAAAUCAUACGCCACUCAUGACCUAAUCACUAACACUUCUAUUUAUCCACACCCCGCUCCCCCCCUCUCCCUUUCCUUUUCAUUACCUUCUCCCCUUUCCACCACCUUUCUCUUUCUCUCACUGUUUCACUCCAGUGUUUCCUUUUCUUUUCUUUUCCCUCCUCCCCCAACCCUACUGCUUUUCCCACAUCCCUUUACCAACCCAUUCUCUUGGAUACAUUCUUGCACUGCCUUUACCUUGGCCUCCCUCCAUCUGUUUGUUGUUCCCCUUGAGCUCAAAACAAUGACAGCAGGAACCACAUCGACCGCCUCGGCGCUCACCGCCUUCCCCGAUCUCUCCCUCCAGAUCAGCCCGCCGGCGAUAUCCAUGGAGGGAUCCAUUAGGAGGGCCUUCUUCGGGGACCAUAAUUCGAUAUCGGACUCCGGUAGCAGCGGGAGCAAUAGCAGCCAUGAUCGCCACGGGCUUUUGCACUCGGAGGGGGUUCAGGAGCCUGGCCAUGGCGAGCCAACGCUGAGUCUUGGGUUCGAGAUUCCUACGUUGGAUCCACCGCGUCACCAACUCCACCAGAACCUUCAUCACCACCACCACCACCAUCACCAACUCCACCACCCUCAGAUCUAUGGAUUAAAGCGGAAUUCAAGAUCGCUUCAUGGAGGAAAAAGGAGCAUGAGGGCUCCAAGGAUGAGGUGGACCAGCACCCUACACGCGCAUUUCGUGCACGCCGUCGAGCUCCUUGGUGGUCAUGAGAGAGCGACGCCCAAGUCUGUACUGGAGCUGAUGAAUGUGAAGGAUCUAACACUGGCUCAUGUGAAAAGCCAUCUUCAGAUGUAUAGAACAGUGAAGAGCACUGACAGAGGGGCAGGCCAAGGCCAGACAGACAUGGGCAUGAACCAGAGGACAGGAGGUAUGGGGGAAGUGGAGGGAGGACUAUCAUGUGACAAAGCUGGGAUCAGCCCUUCUUAUUCCCUCAGCUCACCAACCCCACCAACACCACUACCCAAGUCCCCUAGGCAGUGGGGGAGGUAGGAGAAGCCAUCCAUCUAUCACCAAGGUUAUGCGAACAGGGAACGAACACAAGGACAAGCUUUUCGCCAUAUCCACGGCCUGCUGCUGCCAAGCUCCAUAUGCUGCCUAACCUAGAAAUCACCUUAGGAAGACAAAGUUGGCAAAUGGAAUGUGUCGAAUCAUCAAAUGAACUGACUCUUCUUAACUGUUUGUGAAGUUCUGACAAUAACAAAAAAAAAAAAAGAAAUCCUUCUAAAUUUAAGGAAGAAGUAUGGUUUGUUGUAAGUUUUUCUUUGGAAUGGAGAAUCAUGCCAUCAACUCUCAAAUGAGCUGCAAGUUGGA